AUGACACAAUCGGAACCUAAUGGACUGUUUGCGAUGGUGGAACUCAACUACCAAUGGGUGUUUACUCGUAAUCCUUUCUUUUACAUCGGUGAUGGCAUAAUUUAUGUUUAUGUGGAUCAUAUUGGGGUUGGUGUUGAUGGGUGGUUUGAUGAUGAAGAUAAUGAUGAUGAUGGAUGUGAGUCUUGUAUUGAUGGUGAAAAUGAAGAUAACAUAGUGAACUUAGGAAUGUUGAGUUUGAAUUUAAUGAGGAUGUAG